CGAGUUCACGUGACCAGGGAGCCCUUUUGACCCGUUCUCUCGCGAGACGUGACGCGGCUCUUCGCGAGAUCACGUCUGCAGCAGCAAAUCGGCUCCUGAAGACAAUCUACUCGUUUCUGCGGCGGGCCAUGGAGGUGUCGUCCCACAGCCUCUUCCUGCUGCAGCAGCUCAACGUGCAGAGAGAGUUCGGCUUCCUGUGCGAUUGCACCGUUGCCAUCGGUAACGUCUACUUCAAGGCCCACCGGGCCGUUCUGGCCGCCUUCUCCAACUACUUCAAGAUGAUCUUCAUCCACCAGUCCAGUGAAUGUAUAAAGAUCCAGCCCACCGACAUCCAGCCGGACGUCUUCAGCUACCUGCUGCACAUCAUGUACACCGGGAUGUGUCCCAAGCAGCCGGUGGACCAGAGCCGGCUGCAGGACGGCAUCAAGUUCCUGCACGCCUACCAGCUGUGCCGCAAGCCGGGCGACGCCGCCGCCGAUGCCGCCGCCGACGGCGUCCGCAUGUCCAACCUGUACGGCAUCCAGAUCUCCUCCCAGCUGGCCAGCAAAGACACGCCGGGCGUCCACAAAGCCGCCGCGGCGUCCCGGGCGGCCCCCGAGCCGCGGUCCCAGCUGUCCCUUGCCGUGGGACUGGACGCCGUCCCACAGGACCACCAGCAGGCGGCGCUGCGCAACAUCUGCUCCGUGACGUCGGCGGACGACUCGGACGUCUCCAGCCGCAUCAAGCAGGAGCGGGUGGAGGAGGAGGACGGCGAGGCGGAGGAUGGAGGCCCGCAGGGCGGCAGCCCGCUGUUCAAAGGGCGCCCCCUGCUGCUGCAGUGCCCGCGCUGCGGGGAGCGCUGCUCCUCGCCGGAGGACCUGCGGGAGCACCUGUUCAGCCACGCCCUGGACCCCUCACGCCUCAUGGACGGGCUCCCGCCGCUGCCGGGCGCCGACGAGCCGUUGCCGGGCGCCACCGAGCCGCUGGACGCCGGCUGCCUGGAGGAGGCGCUGCGGCAGAGUCAGGUGCUUGCCAACCAGCUGGCGGCGGAGCUGAGGCGGAGCCGCGGCGACGGCGACGGCGGCACAAGCCCCGCCCCCACCGUGCUCCAUUCCCGCAAGCGGAAGAUCGCCUGCGCCGUCUGCAGCCUGCGCUUCUCCCACAAGAGCCAGCUGCAGGAACACAUGUACAGCCACACCGGCAAGCCGGGCCGCUUCCACCGCUACAACCGCCUCUGCAGCCAGCUCUUCCAGGGCUCCGCCCACUUCUGCGACGCCGCCGCCGCCGGCGGCGAGCCGGGCGGUGGGGGCGGGGCCUCGGCCGCGCUCUGCGAGGACGCCAACCGGGACACGCAGGACAACGGCAGCUCCUGCUACUCACUGGACUCCGAGGUGUCCCAGGAGAGCGUGGACGGCGUUCCCGUCGAGUGAUGAUGAUGUCAUCGUUGGGGACUGUGUACCUGUGCAGAACGUCCGGCUGUGAGGAAGAGGAUGCUGGGCCGCAGCUCUUCAUCAGCAGACAGCCGUGCCUUGAUGACCGACGGCCGCCUGGCAGCUCCAAGCUACGUGACAAUCUGCAGCUUUUUGACCAAUCAGCUCCUGGAUCUGGAGCGGAGUGCUGGUGGAAAGAAAGUACACCCCGCACACUGACACACUGACUUCAUCUUGUUGUUUACGCUGCAAUGCAUCCUGGGUAGAUGACAUAUGCUGCGCUAGCUGCUAUGAAGCUAGCUCCAACCAGACAGAACAGAAACACGGAAUAAUGUUCAAACUCUUCAAUUUGAACUUUAGCAUUAGCUUUAGCUAAUGGUAUUAGCUCUAGUUACUGAUGUUAACUGUGGCUAAUGUUGCUAUCUCUAGCUAAUGGUGUUAAAUCUAGCUAGCAACAUUAGCCAAAACCAUUAGCUAUAGCUAAUGGUUUUGGCUCCAGGUAAAAACAAGAGUCAAAACCUAAACUAUGACUAUUAGCUUUAGCUAAGCUCUCUUCCUUAGCUUCUUAUGUUUUGUUUAUAGGCUAACGUUCCCUGUAACCGACACAAACAACAUAAGAAAAUUAGAACAUAUUUAGUCCAACUAGUCAUGGAUACAUUUAAGCAUUUUUCUCGUUUUCUGGUGGUUUCAGCAUCUCAGAAUGGAUCCAAAUCAGCCCCAGAUUUUCACAACCUGAGGCUGUGUUGCUGCUCUUUAACCCGAGAAGGGUUCAAAGGUCAAACUGUCUGAAGUUCAAAGGUCAAACCUUCUGAGGUCCAUCAUCCUCCAGAGAGGAAAACAUGUCAGAGAUCUUCCUGUUAGUGAACGUUCUAUCAAAUUCAGCCUGAAAUCAGAGAAAUGGUCUGUUAAAGGCCUCAUUCACAAGAAAAGGUUAAAGGUCAUGACCCUGAGCCAGGUUGGAACACAGCUGGCCUUUUUCCUGACUGUAAACACAGUGGUGGAGGGGUCAUGAUGCGGGCUUGUUUUGCAUAAACUUCUCUGUAUCCUGAAGGUUUUUGAUGAAGUUUGGCCCAAACCGAGUCGUCAAUGGAAACAAGAAUGAAGGUGUUUCAGUGGCCUAGUCAAAGUCCAGAGAGCUGAUUGGAUUGGACAGAAUUCAAGGCAUAGAUUUUAUGGGGUGUACUUACUUUUCACCAGAGUUAGAUCAGUCAGAUGUUUACAGGCUCAUGACGAUGUUUUAUUUUCUGGUAUUUUUGAAAGUUUGCAGCCUGGGAUCAGUUUCUGUUUCAGAGAUCUGAUUGGAGGAGAGCAGAGUCAGAAUCGAUCAGGUGUGUUAAUUCAUAAUCAAUAAUCCCGUUCAGAUUAGCUGUAAAAUCAGAAAAACAUCCAAAAUGCUCCUUAAAGCUCUUUGCUGCUGCUGGGGUCAGAGGUCACAUGACCAGGAUGCUCCAGUCAUGGCCACUGAACGCGUGACUGUCGUCUUUCUCUCCGUGUGUCACCAUAACAACAAGAAGUUCAGUGUCGACGUGUUUUUGUACACGUUUUGUUUUUCAUCGAUGGAAAUGUUUUGUAAAUAAAUGUCCUUUUUCCACCAAUCACGUCGCAGAUCUUUAAUUCGGAGUUCUCCCUCGUCCAAUCGACGAGUCGAUUACUCAGGAACUUCUUUGGUCGAAAGUAAAUGAAUUAUUCUAAUGGAAAUGAGCUAAAAAUGUGAUUUAUUUAGAACAAAAUGACCCGAAACGACAGCGGACCUCUGCGUGCACUGGCAGGUUCAGACCAGCAGGGGGCAGCAGAGGAAUGAAAAAAGUAUUUGACAUUCAACGGGAAGCAGCUUU